CAACCUCCAUGAACAUUCUCACCACAGAUCAUCAUGGCUUCCAAGGCUGCUGCAUCAACUGCCCUUCUCCUUAUGCUCAACAUUCUUUUCUUCACUUUGGUCUCCUCUACCCAUUGCCCACCACCACCAAAACCAAAGCCUACUUGCCCACCAUCACCACCAAAGUCACCUAAGCCAUCACCUAAACCCACCCCAUCACCUAAGCCUGGUAAAGGAAGUUGCCCUAAGGACACCCUAAAGUUAGGUGUUUGUGCCAACGUGCUUCAGAGGUUGCUCAAUAUAAAUUUGGGAACCCCAGCCAAGACCCCUUGCUGCAGUCUCAUCCAGAAUCUGGCUGACCUUGAAGCCGCUGUUUGCCUUUGCACUGCCAUCAAAGCCAAUGUCUUGGGCAUUAACUUGAAUGUCCCUGUCUCCUUGAGCUUGCUCUUGAAUUAUUGUGGAAAGAAAGUCCCAUCUGGAUACCAGUGUUCUUAGGCCUGUGUGCCACCUUAUCAUAGCUAGGCUCUCCAUUUCUUUUCCUUUUACUUUGUCCCUUUCUAUACUUUCUUGCUGUGGUAGCCUGGUAGGUCUUUAGAUUGGUUAUGAUAUGAUUUGAGGACUUGUUGUUCCUUCAAGUUCCUCUAGAGCUUCAUUAUUCCCCUUGUAAUGAUAAUAAGUAUGUUGUGCUGUAACAAGUUACAACUUGUGUUCUUAUUAAUAGAAGCAACUUCUUAGUUAA